CCACCACUCUCCCAACACGCUGCCUGGUGUUUUUUUUUUUUUCUUUCUUUCGCCCCCCUUGUUGCGCCUGGACCACCUGGACUGACUGACUGACUGACUGGUUGUCUUUUGUUCUCCACACGCCUGCUUGACUCCUCUUGAAUCUGUACAUUGCAAUGCCCAAGUAUCUACUGCAUGCAUCACUGAUGGAGACUGCCAACCAAACACAACGGCGCUGAUUCGCCGGGCGACGAUGCGACUCCACACUGGUACAUGGAGCGCGUACAUGGAGCGCGUACAUGGCGACACAUGGCACAACGGUUUGGUAUAGGUAUAGUGGACCAUGUCAGCAGUGGAUGAUGGCUGGAUUGUCCAUAUUGGCCCAUGGUGAAUAGAUAUUGAAUCAUCUCGCACAAACACAGCCGGGUGCCUGCGACUGCGGCUGCCCCAGAGAUGUGGAAUGGAAUCAAUCCAUCAUUCAUUCAUUCAUUCCACCAUUCGUGCGAACCACUUGGUCACUCUCUGAGUAUACGCGGCAUGCCCACAGCCCUCGCAAUACCUAGCCUCCCUCAUCAUCACCACCAUCAUUCAUCAUCGUCGUCAUCACCAUCAUCGCAUCUCCUAGCAAGUCGACUACCUGGCCACCUCGGGAAAAGGAGAGGCCAGCCAGCCAACUCAGCUGCCCCCGCUCUCGCCGACCAGCGCAGCCAAUGGGAAGCCCGGAACCCUUCGGCUCGCCAAAGCCCGCCAAUCAGCCCUCGUUGGGCCCCGCUGACAUAA